AUGCAAACGCAGGGAUUAUCCCAAAUUAGGGAAGAUGUUCAGGAGGAACACACUCCGAAGGUGGUGGAGGACCGUGAGGACGACGGUCGUCAUCCCUGCACACAAGCGGAGACGAUGGCUCUGUUAGACGCUUGGAUCAGCACGUCGAACGAUCCCAUCCUCGGGAAUCAACAAACCCGUAAGUGUUUUUGGGAUAAGGUCACCAACGUAUACAACACAAAAAAGCCGACUGGGGCCUUCAGCCGCAACCUGAAGAUGCUUUGCACUCAUUUUGAGCGAGCCGACAGAGAUGUCAAAAUAUUUUGUGGGAUCUACAAGAGGGAAGCGGAACAAUACCAAAGCGGAGCCAGUGUAUCCGACAUGCUGAGAGCGGCUUUGCGAGUCUUCAAAUCCGACACCGGCAAAGAUUUCAAAUUUCCUGAUGUUUGGGAAGUGGUCAAACAUCUUGAUAGGUGGCCGGGCGGUGUCGAUUCCAGCACGGGCUCGAGCUCGAAACGCACGAAGCAUACGACGGGUGGCUAA